AUGGGUUCCGAAGAGGGCUCGAAGGCACCAGUGCGUCUGGAGACCGAUCCGGCCGCUGACGAGACCAGCAAACUUCAAAUCGAACAAGAAGCACCGAAGACUCCAACGAAAACUGUGGACGAUUUCUUGCAACUCGGAUGGUACAAUUUUCAUGCUGUUUGCUCAGCUGAAUUCAUUGUAUUCAAUAUGCUUUGCAAUAUGGUUUACAUGGUUUACGGAGGUUUCCAACCAAUCGUGAAAAGUUGUGGUGACUUUCAUGCGAACACAACCGGUGGUGAUAUAUGUGCACAAUACGAUCUGUGGCGACCGCAAAACGAAUGCGUGCCCCAACUAGAAUAUCAGUUCAAAUCCGUAAAUGUUGAGGUGAGUGCCCAAUGUUAUACUCUUAUUCGGCCACAUUCACCGGCACUCGUUCGGAAGAGCUUGAUGAUGGUCUUCGUCUUUAGAUUUAAAUUCAUCCUGCUCAAAAUGAUUAGCGAGUGGGAAUUUCAGUUCGACUAUUUGUGUAGCGAAGGUAAGGCAGUGAAGACGAGUAUUUCAAUUCAAAUGCUUGGUAUCUUGUUCGGUACA